AUGUUCUCUCCAUCUCUACUGCUCCUGCUGGCAGCUGCUUCCUAUGUGCAUGGUGAGGAACUGACUCAGCCUGCUUCCAUGACAGUUCAGCCAGGCCAGAGUCUCUCCAUCCACUGCAAGGUUUCAUAUUCGGUUACGAGCUAUUAUACAGCUUGGAUCCGACAACCUGCAGGAAAAACUCUGGAGUGGAUUGGAUACAUCGAUUAUGAUGGGAGUACAGCUUACAGUGAGAAACUGAAAAAUAAGUUCAGCAUCUCCAGAGACACUGCUACUAACACAAUAACAAUUCGAGGACAGAAUCUACAGACUGAAGACACAGCUGUGUAUUACUGCGCAAGAUACACACAGCUGGCCGGUACGACUUACUACUUUGACUACUGGGGAAAAGGAACUCAAGUGACUGUGACCUCAGCAGUGCCAAGUGCGCCGAAGUCCCUGUUUCCCGUGUGGCAGUGCGGCUCGUCCCCGGACGGUUACGUCACUCUGGGCUGCAUCACGCGCGAUUUGGCCACCGCCGACGGACUGAGCUUCAAAUGGACGGAUGCGAGCGGGAGCGCGCUGACUGACUUCGUGCAAUACCCGGCGGUGCGCGCGAACGGAGGCUUCACCUCGGUGAGCAACGCGCGCGUCAAGGCUGCCGACUGGGACCAGAGCAAGAAGUUCACGUGCCAAGUGGAAAAUAGCGUCGGUUCCAAAAAAGAGACCUUACAAAAGAAAGCUCAGCCUGUGACUGAGCCCAACAUCACCAUCAGCAUCACGACAGCAGACGACAUCGUUCGUCUGCUUUGUUGGUUGGAUGGUUUUCGUCCGAAAAAAGUGAAUGGCGAGUGGUACAAGGGUAAGGAGCUGCUCCAAGAGAAAUCGACCCUGAAAGUAUUCGAAGCUUCCAGCAAAGGAGAAAAGAUGUUUGCUGCACUCUGUGAACUCAGCAUUAAUACAGAGCAAUGGAACGAAGGGACAGAGUUCACCUGUCAGGCCACACACAAUUCCAAGACCUUCAAACAAACAUGGAGCAAGUGUAAAGCUCAUCCGACAUCCAAACCGCUGAUACGUCUGGAGAAACCUCGUCUCAUGUCAGUAUUGACUGAUUCAGAAGUAACAGUCUCCUGUGUUGUUGAGACUACGUUCAACACCCAAGUGUCAUGGCUUGUAGACGGAAAGGAAAAGAAGGACAAGACGAGCACAGAAGAGACGAGACUGGGCAAGACGGUCAGCAAUCUGACCAUCUCUACAGCAGACUGGAAAACCGUGCAGAAAAUCACAUGCAUCGCUAAACAUCCAUGUUUCAACAAAGUAGAGGAGACGAUCGAUACUACAGAACCUGUGCAGAAAACUCCGACAGUGGUGAUCAGGAGGAUUCUUACAGACGGAGAGAAGGGAGACAGCGCGGUGCUGGUGUGUGCCGCAAGAGAUCUGCCCUCUGGUGAGCUCGCCGUCACCCUCCAGGCCAACGAAGCCAAGCUCCCUGAUGCUCAGUAUGUGGACCUGCCCAAAGGCCAGGACACUCUGACUGCACGUUUCACUGUUUCCAAAACAACACGAUCCAAAGACCAACGUUACACCUGUCAGAUUCAGCAAAGCAGUACCAAUAAGUGGGAGUCCAAUUCUACAGGAAACAUUUUUGGUGACCCUUCAGUGGAACUUUCAGUUGUUUCCACUGUGGAUAAAUCUGCAUCGAAGACACAAAAACUUCUUUGCUCUGGAACUGGACUUAAUCCAAAGAUCAAGUGGCUCCCCAAAUCUGUGCUGAAUGAUCUCCGUGAAGUAACGGUGCAAGCAGACGGGCGUGUGAAAGUGUCCAGCGAGAUAUCGCUUCCACAGCAGGAGUGGAAUAACGGAGGGGAAUUUACAUGUGAGGUCAGCGAUCAGGAUCACAAACCUGUUCAGAAGAGCACCAGUGUCUGUGCAGUGACUCCAGCUUCUGCUCCGAUGGCACAGGUUUACCUGUUGGGUCCCUCCAUCAGUGAUAUGAGAGCCAAGGAUUUGGUCCCCGUCACCUGUCUGCUGUUGGGCCGCAGGCUCAAGGACUUCUCCAUUAUUUGGAAAGUAGGAAAGGACAAUUACUCUCAGAAUGCGACCACACAAACUCCUAAAGAGCACAGCAAUGGAACACAGAGCGUCCAAAGUGUUCUCAGCGUUCCGGCUGCAGAGUGGAAAAAGGACACAACUGUUUCCUGUGAGGUGCAACAUCUCUGUUCCAAGAACGCACAGCAACACAACAUCUCGAAAACCAGAGACCUCAAAAGUCCCACGGUCCGAAUUGUCACUCCCAGUGACGACAACCUGUCAGGAUUUCACAACACGACUCUUCUCUGCUUGAUCGACGGCUUCCGCCCUGCUGAUAUCUCUGAGCUGAACGGUAUCCGGCAAGAUGAGUCUCGCUUCACCAACAGUCCAGUCGGUGUUCGCGCUGCGUGGGGCGAUUAUUCCAUGCACAGCGCACUGAUAUUACCAGCAUCCAAAAGGGAGGAUGGUGUUUUUUCCUGUGCGGUCAGCCACAAGUCGUCUGAAAAACCAAUCGUCGGCACGAUAGACAGCAUCUACGCCUCUGUGAACGAACAUCCUCCCUCUGUGGAGCUGCUGCAGGGUCGAGAUGAGCUGGUGUGUCUGGUGUACGGUUUCAGCCCGUCAGCCAUUCACGUCACCUGGCUCCUGAACAGUGUGAGCGUACAGCGUGAGGACAACACCAGCAGCUCUGCCAAAGGGCCUGAUGGGAAAUUCAGCAUUAAAAGCCACCUGAAUGUCCAGGCUGCUGAAUGGGCACCUGGAGCCACGUACACAUGCCAUGUCAGGCAUGUCACUGGCACCAUCAAUCGCAGCAUCUCCAAAACAGAAUUUAUUGAAGAGACGAUAUACUUUGAUGAGAACAAGUCUGAAACUAGCACACUGGAUCAGGCUGAGGAAACCUGGAACAUGGCCUGUGCCUUCAUCAUCCUCUUCGUCAUCUCUCUCAUCUAUGGAUGUUCAGUGACUGGUCAAAUAAGGAUUAGCAACAGUCUACAAUCAGUGAGAGCAUGCACUGUUUACAGUCCGGAAGAACUCAUCGAUAUUGGACUGGAAGGCUUUAUUCCUCCACCACCCACGGAUAUCCCUGAAGAACUACUUAGAACCACUGUGCCUGCGUGGGUAAACAACCGAGCCAAGUCACACCAUCGUCGGAGGAGAUACAGGAGAAAGAAGCGGGGUAAGAGAGGCGGCAUCCAGAUGAGGCUGAAGAACUGCCCUCACAAACCUCCACUCCCCAGCCUAGUCCUCGCGAACACCCAGUCCUUAACCAGCAAGAUGGACGAGUUGAGACUCAGGAUCUCGACACAGAAGUGGAACAGCUGUGCCCUACUCUUCACGGAGACAUGGCUAAGCGCUAACAUCCCCGACUCGGCUAUUCAGAUUGCCGGCUGGACUGUAUACCGGGCCGACCAAACUGCUAACUCCGGCAAGGACAAAGGUGGAGAACAUUAUUGCUCUCUGGACUUGGAGUUUAUUUCUCUGCAGUGCAGACCAUUUCAUCUCCCAAGAGAAUUCACCACGGUGUUUCUCCUCACUGUUUACAUUCCUCCCCAAGCUAACGCUAAGAUGGCACUGAGCAAACUUUAUGACAGCAUCAGCGACUUGCAAAACUCUCACCCCGACGCUGUGUUCAUUAUAGCUGGAGACUUUAACCAUGCUAAAUUGAAGUCUGUUUUGCCUAAUUUCUAUCAGUUUGUGGAUUUUCCAACCAGAGGAAAGAAUACACUAGACGUUGUUUACUGUAACAUUGCCAACGCAUACAAAGCAUCCCCCUCCCCCCACCUCGGACGCUGCGACCACAUCCCUCUGUUCUUGACCCCUGCAUAUAAGCCUCUCAUUGCCAGGUCAAAGCCCACUAGCCAGAUCAUCAGAGUCUGGCCUGAAGGAGCUACUGAAUGCUUGCAAGACUGUUUUGAGGACACUGACUGGGAACUUUUUAAUUCGAUCUCUACCUUGGAUAGACAAUCAGACCUAAAUACAUAUGCAUCUUCUGUUCUGGACUACAUUAGCUUCUGUGUAGACAAUGUCACCACCCACAAGACCAUUCGCACCUUUCUAAAUCACAAGCCCUGGAUGAACAGACAAGUCCAGAACCUGCUGGCAAUCAGAGACAAGGCUUUUCACUCCAGUGACCAGGCAGCCUACACAGUAGCCAGGGCCAACCUGAAGAGGGGCAUCAGGGAAGCUAAGCGCUCCUAUAAAGAAAAAAUAGAGCAACACUUUGUGGACUCUGACCCCAGACGCAUGUGGCAGGGCAUCAAAUCCUACACUGACUACAAGAGCACCAACCCCUGUCUGCCCAGCUCUCACAACCCAACCCUCCCUGAUGACCUCAACAAAUUCUUUGCACGGUUUGAUGAGGGACCCAUUCCCCAACCCCCCACUGAACUUAUGGACACUGCAUCACAUGCACUGGUGCUAAGCGAACACGAGGUUAGGCGGGCCCUCGGCAGCAUUAACCCUCGCAAAGCACCAGGACCAGACAGAGUUCCCGGAAAGGUCCUAAAAUACUGUGCAGGCCAACUAAGCACAGUCCUCACUAACCUGUUCAACAUCUCCCUGGACCAAGCUGCAGUCCCCACCUGCUUCAAAACCAGCACCAUUGUUCCUGUCCCCAAGCAGGCGGCCAUCAAGUCCCUGAACGACUAUCGCCCAGUAGCACUCACACCCAUUGUGAUGAAGUGCUUUGAACGACUGGUGCUAGCUUACAUCAAAUCCAACACCCCCCCAUUCCUCGACCCACAUCAGUUUGCAUACAGGACCAACAGAUCAACGGAGGACAGCAUUUCAUUGUUCCUUCACACUGCCCUCUCACACCUGGAGGAACCAAACAGUUAUGUGCGUAUGCUAUUCAUUGACUACAGCUCAGCGUUUAACACCAUCCCCCCUCUCAAGCUGGCCAUUAAGCUGUACAACCUUGGCUUCAGUCCCCAGCUCUGCAGAUGGAUACUGGACUUCCUCAGUAACAAAACUCAGUCUGUGUGCAUGGGCAAACUCCACUCAAGACCCAUCACCCUGAACACAGGUGUGCCGCAGGGAUGUGUGCUCAGCCCCCUUCUCUACUCCCUCUUCACACAUGACUGUUCCUAA